AGCGGGAGCCCUGCUGCCCGGCGGCAGGGUCCCAGAGCCCUAGUCUGAGUUGCAGCCGCUUCAAGAGCUGUGAGAGGAGCAGGGAGGAUGGAACUGCAGGAUCCAAAGAUGAACGGAGCCCUCCCUGGGGGUGCUGUGGACUACAGGCAGGAGCGCGAGGGCUUCCUGCCCAGCCAUAGUCCUUCUCCUGGGAGGAAGCCAGCCCAGUUCAUGGAUUUCGAGGGGAAGACAUCGUUUGGAAUGUCAGUGUUCAACCUCAGCAACGCCAUCAUGGGCAGCGGCAUCCUGGGGCUGGCCUAUGCCAUGGCGCACACGGGGGUCCUCUUCUUCUUGGCCCUGCUGCUCUGCAUCGCUCUUCUGUCUUCGUACUCCAUCCAUCUCCUGCUGACCUGUGCUGGUGUUGUAGGCAUCCGAGCCUAUGAACAGCUGGGACAGAGGGCGCUGGGGCCUGUGGGGAAGGUAGUGGUGGCUGCGGUCAUCUGUCUCCACAAUGUUGGGGCCAUGUCCAGUUACCUGUUCAUCAUCAAAUCCGAACUCCCCCUGGUUAUCAGCACUUUCCUGGACACGGACAUUGAGGGGGUCUGGUUCUUGAAGGGAAACCUCCUCAUCAUCAUUGUCAGUGUGUUAAUCAUCCUGCCACUGGCCCUCAUGAGACACUUGGGCUACCUGGGGUAUACCAGUGGUCUCUCUCUGACCUGUAUGCUGUUUUUCCUCAUUUCGGUCAUCUAUAAGAAGUUCCAGCUUGGCUGUACUAUAGGCCGCAAUGAGACAGCAGUGGAGAGCAAGAGCCCCCCGAGCCUCAAUACAAGCUGUGAGGCCCAGAUGUUCACAGCUGACUCACAGAUGUUCUACACAGUGCCCAUUAUGGCUUUUGCUUUUGUCUGCCACCCUGAGGUGCUGCCCAUCUACACGGAACUCUGCCGGCCCUCCAAGCGCAGGAUGCAGGCUGUGGCCAACGUGUCCAUUGGAGCCAUGUUCUGCAUGUACGGGCUCACAGCGACCUUUGGAUACCUCACCUUCUAUAGCAGCGUGGAGGCGGAGAUGCUGCACAUGUACAGCCAGAAGGACCUGCUCAUCCUCUGUGUGCGCCUAGCUGUGCUGCUCGCGGUGACUCUCACUGUGCCAGUUGUGUUAUUCCCUAUCCGCCGGGCUCUGCAGCAGCUGCUCUUCCCAAGCAAGGCCUUCAGCUGGCCACGCCAUGUGGCCAUAGCCCUGAUCCUGCUUGUCUUGGUCAAUGUCCUCGUCAUCUGUGUGCCAACCAUCCGGGAUAUCUUUGGGGUUAUUGGGUCCACCUCAGCCCCCAGCCUCAUUUUCAUCCUUCCCAGCAUCUUCUACCUCCGCAUUGUACCCUCUGAGGUGGAGCCCCUCUACUCCUGGCCCAAGAUCCAGGCUCUGUGUUUUGGUAUCCUGGGGGUCCUCUUCAUGGCGAUCAGUCUAGGUUUCAUGUUUGCCAACUGGGCCACAGGCCAGAGCCAUGUAUCUGGACACUGACCAAGCCCUGCUCCGCCUGGGCCCCCGUGCGCAUGCGCCUGUGCAUGUGGAGGAAGAUGGGGCUGCUCUCCUGGGUCCCUCCUGCCUGGGGUGUGGAGGUGGCUGGUUCCCAUCAACAUGGCUGUUGGAGGUAGGGGGCCCCAGAGGCUGAAGAGUGUUCUACUCCCUUCCUCCCCAGGGGAUGUCGAGCUUGGAUCAUGGCUCUAACCCCAACCCCAACCCCACAGGAGGAGGGGGAGGCCAGGUCCUUGGGGAGCCCCUGCCCAGCCCAGUCUUUUCUGCCUCCUCCUGGCAGAAGCUGUUUGUCAGGGUCACCCUUGAGCUAAAGGGGAAGAAUAAAGAUGCUGAAUUGCAA